GAACGACCUGAGUGAUUCCAGAAAUGAGAUACGGACAACAUAGGUACACAGAUGAAGAGAAGCAGACAUUCCGAGGCCAGCUAGGCGACCUUUCUGCUUCUCUUCCUUAAAAAAUACGAUAUCCCAGCAAGCAGCCACCCAAAGAUCGAAACAUUUAAUGACGGAUGCGAUUGGUGAUGAUACCCUUGCAGAAAAGCUGAUCUCUCCGAUACCUACCUCGCCAGCAACAUAUCUUACUGUCGAUGUUAUAGCCCAGUAUGGAUUACCUGGAAAGCCUCAAAAAGCCCAACGUCACGCCAGUUCUUGAGAGUAUCAAGGAGAUAACACCAUCUGGCGGCAUAAUGCUGGGAGUCGCGGCUCACGGUUUUCCGAACUACUUCAUGUUACUUGGUCCUAACAGUCCCCUUGCCAAGUCACCCCUCAUCUUGUGCAUUGAGGCACAGGGACAUCAUAUAGCCAAGUUUCUCAACUGGUGGUAGAAAGAGGACGUUCGCACCCUCGAGCUCAGAAUGGAAGUGGUCGAUGACUUCAUGGAGCAGAAGGACAUAUUCAUGACGACCACAAUCUGGGAGAACGACUGUCGAUCCUGGUUCAAAAAUGCCAACACCGGUAAGAUCAGUGAAUUAUGGCCUGGGAGCGGACUAAGCAAAAU